ACUACACGCACCACGCAUUCUUCUCCCACACAGGAAAACAGAACUCAACACAGAACCUAUUCUUUCUUUCUUUUCAAGUCACAAGUUUUUCUCACUUUUUCCCUUACCUUUCUCAUCAACUUCCUCAAACCCCAAUUCUAACAUGAAUGGCUUCAGAGAAGAGAACUCCUUUUGCUAUUUCCACCCUAAAGAGUUGGUUGUGGGGGUCUGCUCGCUCUGCCUGACUGAGAGGCUUCUGAUCUUGUCAGCCAAAAAAGGCCGCCACCACCACCGCCACCAUGUCUCCUCCAUCAGAGGUGGCAGAGGCGGCAGUGGCCAUAAAAACCCAAAUGGCAUGCACAAGAAGGCACCCAUUAGCCUCCCCAAGAUCUUUGCUUUCAGCUCUUUCCUCAAUCGGCAGUGGAAACCUGACGACGGCUCAGAUCAAGAGGCUUCCACUAGCCAAGAAGACUCAUUCAUAUCAAUCAAGUUUGAAGACAAUGGAGUAGCCUCAUGGGAGAAGAACAAAGUCUCUAAGGUCUCUCUAGAUCAUUGCAACAUGUCCUGGAAUCACAACUUCAGCAAGGAAGCCAAGGAAACCAAGGAGGCAAGGGAUACCAAGAGCGUGAUAGAGUACGGGAAAUCCCACAUCCCGCUUAGGUGGCGGAAGAGGAUUGGUCACUUGACCCAGCUCAUCAGAUGGAAGAGGUCCAACAAGGGCAGUGUGUGCCAUGUCAGCAACAAGGUGGAGGGUGUCAAGGUAAGGAAGGGUUGGAUAAGAAGCUUGACAAAGAGGAGAUGGGCCAUGGAAUAAAGGGGGUUUGUACAGUAAGUGACACAAGUCUUUCCUCCACCAUGCUCAUCUGUGGGUAGAAGCUCCAAUCCAUAUAGUCAUAUAUUAUUGAGGGAGGGUGGUAUUAGAGUCAAAAACGCUAAAAAGUGCUUUUGUUAUCUGGCUUUCAACUCUUUGGGGCUUCUUUUUUCUUUUGGUUUCUUUCAUUUCGUUAAAGGCGUACAGGCUGUAAAAGGAGGGAUCUUGAAAGAUAUGUGCUUUGGUUUCACAUUGCUAUAAAAAGAUGAAAUUUAAAUUUGUAAAAGUUCAA